GACACAAUUUUCAGACAAUAAUAAAACACGAAAUAAAAUAAACUGAAGUAUAAAAGAAACCUAGUACUCUUCGCCACCCUAGUCGAUUUGUAGGGGCUCAUAGAUCUUUCUACUCGCCGACUGAUCUGCUGUAAACUGAUCUCUAAUUUAUGUUUGUUUGGGGUUAGUAACACAAUACAAGUGAAUCUGAGGUGUAAGUUGAGGAAUGGCAGAUCGAUUGACGCGGAUUGCUAUUGUGAGCGAAGACCGGUGCAAACCAAAAAAAUGUCGCCAGGAAUGCAAGAAGAGCUGUCCUGUUGUCAAGACAGGGAGACUUUGUAUUGAAGUCACUCCUACUUCCAAGACUGCUUUCUUAUCAGAGGAGCUGUGUAUAGGAUGUGGUAUCUGCGUGAAGAAAUGCCCGUUUGAGGCUAUUCAAAUUAUCAAUCUUCCAAAGGAUCUAGAGAAAGAUACAACCCACCGCUAUAGGUCCAAUGCUUUCAAAUUGCACAGGCUCCCAGUUCCAAGGCCGGGCCAAGUCCUAGGGUUGGUCGGGACAAACGGUAUUGGGAAAUCAACGGCUCUCAAAAUCUUGGCUGGAAAACUUAAACCAAAUCUUGGCAGGUUCGAUAAUCCUCCGGACUGGCAAGAAAUUUUGGCCCACUUCCGCGGGUCAGAACUUCAAAGCUAUUUCACCCGAGUUGUAGAAGAAAAUCUAAAGACGGCUAUAAAGCCCCAACAUGUGGACCAGAUAAAAAAAAUUGUUCAAGGUGAUCUUGGGAAGAUGCUUGAGAAGCUGGACGAGAGAGGAAUGAUGGAGCAGAUUGUCGCUGAUCUGGAGUUGAACCCGGUACUGGACCGUAGAGCAAAAGAUGUAUCUGGUGGAGAGCUUCAGAGGUUUGCCAUUGCCGCUGUUUUCAUCAAGAAGGCUGAGAUAUACAUGUUUGAUGAACCAUCUAGCUUCCUCGAUGUGAGGCAAAGACUCAAAGCUGCUCAAGUUGUACGCUCACUCCUCAGGCCUGACAGCUACGUGAUUGUUGUGGAGCAUGACCUCAGCGUCCUAGACUAUUUGUCAGACUUCGUCUGCUGUCUGUAUGGAAAACCAACAGCAUAUGGUGUCGUGACUCUCCCCUUUUCUGUCAGAGAAGGAAUCAACGUGUUCUUGGCUGGCUUUAUUCCCACUGAAAACUUGCGUUUCAGGGACGAAUCUCUGACCUUCAAGGUUUCUGAGACUCCACAAGAGAGUGAUGGGGAAGUGAAGUCCUAUGCAAGAUACAAAUACCCAAACAUGAGUAAGACUCUUGGAAGUUUCAAGCUGGAGGUGAUGGAAGGUGACUUCACCGACUCUCAGAUUGUUGUAAUGCUUGGGGAGAACGGUACUGGGAAAACUACCUUCAUCCGGAUGCUGGCAGGUGCACUGAAACCUGACGAGGGUGUAGAAGAAGAUAUGCCAGUGUUUAAUGUGUCUUACAAACCGCAAACUUAUGAUGCGCAGCGUGAGUGUUCCGUGAGACAGUUGCUCCAUGAGAGGAUCCGUGAUGCUUAUAUGCAUCCUCAAUUUGUAUCGGAUGUAAUGAAACCGCUUCAGAUUGAGCAGCUGUUGGAUCAAGCAAUUUGCACGCUCUCGGGUGGAGAGUCGCAGAGAGUUGGCAUAACGUUAUGCCUGGGGAAGCCUGCUGAUAUAUAUCUGAUAGAUGAGCCAAGUGCGUAUCUCGACUCUGAGCAGAGAAUCACAGCGUCAAAGGUCAUAAAGCGCUUCAUCCUCCACGCAAAGAAAACAGCAUUUAUUGUGGAGCAUGACUUUAUUAUGGCAACCUAUCUGGCGGACCGAGUCAUAGUGUAUGAAGGACAACCAUCUAUCAAGUGUAUGGCUCAUUCUCCACAGUCACUCCUUAGCGGAAUGAACCUCUUCUUAUCGCACCUGAACAUCACAUUCAGACGUGAUCCCACUAACUUCAGGCCAAGGAUCAACAAAUUAGAGUCUACAAAGGACAGGGAGCAGAAGUCUGCUGGCUCAUACUACUACUUGGACGACUGACCCUUUUUUUUUAUGAAUAUGCUGCCUGCACAAAAUAAACUCGCAAGUUGUUUGUGUACUUCCCCUUUGAUAAAAUUUUUAAUUAUGACUAUGGUUUAUAACUUGUUUGUAAUGUUGUUCCAUACAUCAGACCAAUGAUACUGUCUUUUAUAUGAUUUUAUUAUAUCGUUUUUAAAUCUGUGGUUUAAAAAAUCAAUGAACAAUCUUA